UGACUUCAACUGGACGUAAAACAAAAGGCUCCAGCAUCACGUUGUGUGGACUCAUCUAGAAAACGGUUGAUUUAUUGUUCCUCAGCUGAUAUUUCAGUAACAAUGUCUUCAGUUCAGCAUCUCAGAGAUUUUAUCAGAGAGAGACUAACUGCUGCUGCGGAAGAAAUCUUCACCGAGGUUGAAAAAACCAUCAUUUGCUACGAGGAAGAGCUCGAUGCUCAGCGCAGAAUGAUGGGGAUCAACUGGAAACCAGAAAUUAAGCUACACAGAAUCGGUUCGGAGCUGCAGAGACAAAGUUCUGACCUGAAGCCACAUGUUUCCAUUGAAGAGGAAGCUUCUGUCAUCCACCAUGUCUGUAACCAAGGGAAGAGCUCCAGUGAGGACCAAGAGGAAGGAGGACCUCAAUGGAGAGAAGAACAAGGAUCUCCACUGACUGAGGAACAGACAGAACCAGGAUCUCCAAGGAUCAAAGAGGAAGAGGAGGAUAUGCAACUUGUAUUGGUUGAACAGAGAGACCUAAACACUGAAUGGAUGAAAGAGGAAGAAGAGGAACCAGAACCUCCAUUGAUAGAAGAAAAUGAGGAAUCCAGGAUUUCUUGGGCUAAAGAAGAAUGCAUAGCACCAGAAACAACACUGACUGAAAACCAGGUGGAAGUUGGACCUCCAUGGAUUAAAGACAGAGAGAUGGAACCGGAAGCGUCCGUGACAAAGGAAAGUCAGGAAUCCGAGUUCUCAAGGACAAAAGAGAAACGGGUGAUAAUAGAACCUCCACUGAGUGAAGGAAGGCAAGAACCUGAAACUCAGUGGAUUAAGGAAGAGGAGGAAACAGAAUCUCCACUGACAGAGGACCUAGAUUUUUUACUGCUUAAACAUGAGCAGCAGGAACCAGAAUAUUUGCCACUUCGGCAGGAGCAGAAGGACCUCUGCAGCAGUCAGGAUGGAGAGCAGCUAGUCCAGAAGCAGUCCACUGCUUUGAUUGAGACUUCUACUCUUCAAAAAUCUGAUUUCACUGAGCAGCUUUUCUGUCACAUCUCUACUGUAGAUGAGACAAAAGAUCAGGAAGAAAUCAAUUCCUCUGUGUCUCAGAGUCAGUCUCAUUCUGGCUCCAAGAAUAUGUCUUUCAAAUGUGACAUUUGUGGGACAUUUUUUAAUAAGAAGUGUAACUUUGAAAAGCAUUGCCAAACUCACACAGGUGAGAGGCCUUUUCAAUGUGAAACAUGUGGGAAAAGUUUCUCUCAGAUGGGUAGUUUAAAAGAGCAUAAGAACAGUCAUACAGGUGAGAGGACUUUUUCUUGUGACACAUGUGGAAAAAGUUUCUCUCGAAGUGGUUAUUUAAAAGUUCACCAAAAACUUCAUACGAGUGAGAAGCCUUUUUCUUGUGAAGCUUGUGGAAAAUCCUUUGUUCGAAUGGGGUAUUUAAAAGCUCACAAGAAAAGUCACACAGGUGAGAGGCCUUUUUUCUGUGAAAUAUGUGGUAAAGGUUUAUCUAGAAUGGAUCAUUUAAGUCAUCACAUGAAAACUCAUACUGGUGAAAGGCCUUUUUCUUGUGACACAUGUGGGAAAAACUUUUCUCGAAUUGAUAAUUUAAAUCAUCACAAGAAAAUUCACACAGGUGAGAGGCCCUUUUCUUGUGAAACAUGUGGAAAAUGUUUUUCACAUAGUUCAAAUUUAAAUGUUCACAGGAGAACCCACACAGGUGAGAGGCCUUAUUCAUGUCAGACAUGUGGGAAAGCUUUUAGUAUUCGCAAUCGCUUAAAUGUACACCAGAGAACCCACACAGGGGAGAGACCUUUUUCAUGUCAAGUAUGUGGAAAAAGCUUCAUUGAAAGUAGAAAACUGAAUUUCCACAUGAAACAAAAACACAUAAGUGAGAAGUAGUCAUUUAACUCUCAAACUGAUGUACCAUUAGAUAUUCUUUUAUUCUUGACAGUGGCCAAACUACUGAGUAGUUAUUAUUAAGUGGCACAUAUUGUAGUAUAAUAAGCCAUUAAUCAACAUUUACUGUAAGUUGAUUAAUGGUUUGCAUUCUGACUGGAGACAUUCCUGAAGCUGCAAACAAAAAGGACUAAAAGUUGACCAAACUUCAGGUCAGUUACACUUUCUUUUGUUUCAGAAUCAAAACUUUCAGAAAUACAGUUGAUCAGAACAUUGGUGUCAUUAAAAACUUUUGAAACAGAAAAUCAACCGUUUGGUGUGUAAAGUGACCUGCAUGUUAAACAUUCUGUGCAUCGGCUUCAUACACAUGGACACAAAUCCACAGUCCUCCAUGUUGAGCAGCUCUUUGAUAGCAGACGGUUUUGAGGUCCGCAGAUAAACUAUAGUUUUGUUUGCUGUGAGACACCAAAGUAUAGUUGGAGCCAAUCAGCGAAUGCAGUCAGCUGUCAAUCAAAUGUCUUGGGUCCUGCACACUGUUACUAUGACCUCUACAUUAGGACCGGACGUCUGAGUCAGAGUCUGAAUGAUGAACUGCACACCAGGCUUCAAAAAGCUGGUUCACCUGCAUUCAAUGAUGCCACCGAAUAAUAAAACUGUUAUAGUUUUGAUUCUGAAUUACAGAAGUUAAUUUUUUAUGCCCUGACUGUUGAAUGGGUUCAGUCUAUUUUUUUGUGAUAAAGACUAUACGUUCCUUUGUUUGUUUAAAUGUUCAAUAAAGAUAACAUAAAAAUAAAAGAACGCUACCAGAAGUUUGUCACCACUUAACAUGAAACGCAUUAAUACAAAACACCUUCAGUCUCAACAGUUUGAGACUGAAGUCUGUCUAUAAAACAGAGUUCAGAUUAUAAACCAAAGUGU